AUGCUCUCGAUUUUGCCGGAGCCGGCCAAAGGACGCUUUUCGGUUUCGACGAUGUCGUCCUCUGCUCCAGUCACGCCGUCGGCGUUCAUUCCUGGCCGAUCGGUGCGGCUUGGCGAUUCGCUCCCCGACUCUGAAGUUGAGACAGCCUCGUCGUCUGGAGACUUCCCGUCGACGUACAGCCCCGACUCGGCUCCACCUUCGGCUCCAGCAUCGUCUGUUAACCUGUGGGCGGUCGGGGCACGCUACGACAGCCCAGCUGAGGAGACCAACCCAGGCUUGCGCAUCCGUGGAGGUAAUGACCAGCAGGAGACGCUGAUAGACGGCGUGCUUUGGGGCCAGAAGCGCAACCCGGCACUGGAACCACCACCAACCUUCGACGAGGACAAUCCCAACUCAGCGUCGAACACGUUUGUGGACAAGGACUUGCCGGCGACGCCCAAGACGCCAAAGACCCCACAACGUCCAGGCCAACACCCCACCAUGCGCUCCCCCUCCAUGCCCCAGAUCGGUGCGAACAGAGCGCAAAACGGCAACGUUGUGCAAAUUGAGGCUCCAUUGAGCUCACCCAACUUCCCGCGGUCGAACACCGGGCCUGUCGAUGUUAACCUCCAGCCGCUCACGGUCUUCCCUCAACAGGAGACGACGAUGCGGCCCAAGAGCAUGCUCAUUGCGUCAACACCGGUCACCCGUUCACCAUCGCUCCACCAAAUGUCGCGCCGUUCUCAUCUUCUGCGUGAGAUUGCUCACACUGAGCGCACGCACGCCACGGACCUGGCUCUCAUCCGCGACGCCUACAUUGGGCAGUUCUUGCGGCCCGACUCCGGCGUCCAGCAUGGGCCCGAGGCCAGCACGCCGCCCAUGGAAUCGUCGCGCCAUUCGAGACGCAGUUCGACGUUCGGCUCGCCGAUGGAGGAGCUCGGCCGGCGUACGAGUAGCCACCAGAGUGAUAUGCCCCGGCGGACUAGUGGCCACCAGGGCGACGGCGGCCUGCGCACGAGUGGCUAUGACGGGCUUCCGCGACGCAUCAGUGGACACGAGCGGAGGACAAGCACCGCCGACUCCGGCUGGGCAAACACAUGGAACGGGAUCCUGUCACCAGUUAUCAAGAGCCCACGCGACCACGGAGGCAGCACGAUGGACCUCACGUACUCCUCGUCUGGCGCGGCGUGGUCAUCGACAUCGCUGUUGCCUUCGCCAAAGAUACCUUCGACGCCGUCGUCCAUGAACGGAGUCGCACGUGCUGGUGCUGGGAUGGUUCGGCCACUCUCGCAGGCAGAUGUCAAGGCCGUGUUCCUCAACAUCAGUGCCAUGGCUGCCGUCUCUGAUGCCCUUGCGACUGAUUUCGAGGGUGCUCUUGGCAAUCUGGAUGACGAGUCGUCGACGCCCGACGGAGGAGGCUCUGAUAGGCUUGGGGAGGCGUUCCUCAAGGCGUUAUCCCGCCUCCGGCCCCUAUACACGUACUAUUGCUCUAGGCAGGCGCAAGCUCGAGCUCGCCUACAGGAGCUGCAGAAUGACCCGUCGUACUCGGCGCACCUGAACGACUGCUGGGCCAAGGUCAAAGCGCACACCCACGCGUGGAACCUCGACUCGAUGUUGAUCAAACCCGUCCAACGUGUUACAAAGUACCCUCUGUUGUUCGAGGACCUCCUUUCGUGCACCACGCGUACUCACCCAGACUACUUCGCGAUCCGGCAGGCCGCGGAGGGCGCAAGGUCACUCGCGUUGGAGGUUGACGAGGCAAAGCGUCGCAAGGACGUCAUCUCGAGCGUCAUGAGCAGCCGGCCGAGCCUGAUAAGCGGCCGGUCGUCGUCCUCUAUGAACGUCACCAAGGACCCGAAGUGGGCAGGAGGAGGCCGCCUACUCGGGCGAUUCAAGAAGGACAAGGCGCCGCCGUCAGGUCAUGACCAGAAUGCCAUUCUUCACAUUGGCCAGUACGCUCAGUCGCAGCUCAAGGAUCUGGCCAAGCGGUUAUCUGACUGCGAACGCAACGUGCGGAGGCUGCUCGUAGAAUUACCUGACUGGUGUGAGGCGGCGAGGCUGCUCCUACGCCAGAAAAUGGAGAUAAACUUCUACUUCCUCAAGUGGUACGCCCUCGGGCGUAGAGUGACAAACGACGACCGUAUCGAAAAGGUCGCCCGUUUCUCUGGCGUGCUUGACAACGUCCUCACGGGUGUCUGGGAGGAGAUGAACCAAACAGUCCGCAACUCGAUCAUCGUCAAUCUUGACAAGUUACACGAGACGACCAAGAAUCCACUGGCUAUCAUUGCUAAGCUUGACGAGAAGUCGGAUGUGUACUCGCGCUACAUCGCCCACCGACAGGCGAAGAAGUCGAUCGACAAGCUCCUUCUGCAGGAGGCGAGCGAGUACGUCACCGUGCAUUCGCAGCUGCUCGAGGAGCUUCCGGCCUUCUUGGAGGGCUUUACGCGCAUCUACGAAAUGUCGCUGGGCGCGUUCAUUACCGCGCAGUCCAAGUACUAUGAGACUCUGCGUGACACGCUUGCGUUGUUCUCGGCACAGUAUCUCACUGAGCCGACCGAGAUGGCCAUGGUGGCGAACACCAUCAAGGAGGUGCGGAUGGAUGUGUCGACGUCGCGCGGAAUCCACAGGGCCUGGCUCGAACGCUGGAGAGAACCGAACAGCGUCAUGAAGAGCCUGCAGAUCACGGGCGGCGAGGGGUCACGCGACACGCAGAUGCGUGCGAACAACCUCAAUGCCGGACACACGAACAGGACCAGUGGCGGGAGCAGCGGGAGCACGCCGAGCUCGGGACGCUUGACUUCCUCCUCCAGGCCUCAUUCGCAUAGCCGGACACCCUCGUACGUUGCGCGCACCUCGACCUUGCGCACGACGCCGAGCGCUGCAGCGUCGCCGCACUCGCCAUUGGAACCGCCGUCGAACCCGCGCCGUAGGUCCCUCAGUCUCAACGUCGAGACCCCACCUGGCUCGACAGGACCUGAGCUGCGGCCCGACUCUGGCUCCAUCUUCGGCAGCCUCAUCAGACGAGCCAGCAACCGUGACCGGCGUCGCGAGAGCAGCACCAGCCUCCUUGACUCGCGUAGCGGCAGUAGCAGCAGCAACCCAAGCAUUCGUUCAACCAUCAUCAAGCGGCCAUCCAUGCGGCGUGAAAUGAGCACGAGCGCGAGAUCAUCAGCAGCCCAGUCGCGCUCGGAGGAAAAUGAGCGGCACUCAUUCGGACUGCCCAGGAUACCUAUGACAGACGCUAAAUUCCUUUUCGACAACCUGUCAAUUGACAGUGAGAAGAACCAAGCGGCCUACGCGACCGUUCCUCCGGUCUCGUACCAGCAGCAGGACAUGAGUCUCUCGGCGCUCGGUCUGGGUGACACCACACCGCCCGCAGACGUGUACUAUCUCAAGCCACCACAACCCGACAGCUACUUCCUCCAGCCACCACAUGAGCCGAACAAUGAGGGAGCAACCUCGGAGAUGUAUACGACACUGAUGGGCAUUGACGAGCCCGACGCGGGCGAGACAUGGCGUGAGGCCCGCGUGCUCUACUCGUGCUGUGCUGUCGCCGACUUUAAUCCCGUUGAGCUUGGCGACCUGCGCUUUAACAGCCUCCGCUUCCUACCUCUCUUGGCAGGCGACAUGGUGGACAUCUUCCAUGAGAUCGGCCGCGUUGCCGAGCUACUUGACUUCCCCUAUUCCCAGGCUGGAGUGGACAACGAUGGUGCAGUGAUUGCGCGAUCAGAGAGCGGGCGGAUUGGUGUGGCGAUGUGCAGCUUCCUCGAGCCGCUGCGCUCGUGA